CUAGAGAGCAAGCCUGGAUCGAUGUCCCACCCAUUCCCACCCACCUGCAAAGACUUUAUGAUCGCAUGACCCUGGAUAUGGAUGUCGUCCUAUCGAAUUUUGUGCGCUCAACAGGGGCAGAGCCAGGUUUGGCAAGAGACUUACUGGAAGGGAAGAACUGGGACCUGACCGCAGCCCUGAGCGACUUUGAGCAGCUGCGGCAGGUUCACGCGGGGAGCCUCUCCCACCCCUUCAAGCCUGUGGAAAAGGAGGCUGUGCGGCCACCCCGGCCCCUGCUGCAGCGCCAGGAUGACAUUGUCCAGGAAAAGCGCCUUUCCCGCGGGAUCUCGCACGCGAGCUCCACCAUCGUCUCUCUGGCUCGCUCCCACGUCUCCAACAACAGCAGCGGCGGCGGCAGCAGCGAGCACCUCUUGGAGACGCCGAUCUGCACCUUCCAGUUGCCUGACCUCACCGUGUACAACGAGGAAUUCCGCGGCUUCAUAGAGCGGGAUCUCAUUGAACAGUCCAUGUUGGUGGCGCUGGAGCAGGCUGGUCGCCUAAACUGGUGGUCCAUCGUGGAUCCAAACUGCCAGCGCCUGCUUCCCUUGGCGACGACCGGCGAUGGGAACUGCCUGCUGCAUGCUGCAUCUCUUGGUAUGUGGGGCUUCCAUGACCGGGAUCUGAUGCUCCGCAAAUCUCUUUACGCCCUCAUGGAUAAAGGUCUGGGAAGGGAAGCCCUCCGACGGCGCUGGAGGUGGCAGCAGACCCAGCAAAACAAAGAGUCUGGCCUCAUUUACACAGAAGAGGAGUGGCAAAAAGAGUGGAAAGAGCUCAUCAAGCUGGCGUCCAGCGAGCCUCGGAUGCACUACGGCACCAACGGUGGCAACUGUGGCGGGGUUGAAGUGUCUGAGGAGCCCGUGUACGAGAGCCUGGAAGAGUUCCACGUCUUUGUCCUCGCUCACGUGCUCAAGAGACCCAUCGUGGUGGUGGCAGACACCAUGCUGCGGGAUUCUGGAGGGGAAGCAUUUGCUCCGAUACCCUUUGGCGGCAUCUACCUGCCCUUGGAGGUCCCAGCCGGCAAGUGCCACCGCUCCCCCUUGGUCUUGGCCUAUGACCAGGCCCACUUCUCUGCCCUGGUGUCCAUGGAGCAGAAGGACCCCGCCAAAGAGCAAGCUGUGAUCCCGCUGACGGAUUCCGAGCACAAGCUCCUUCCGGUCCACUUUGCUGUCGACCCCGGGAAGGACUGGGAGUGGGGCAGAGAUGACCACGACAACGCGAAACUGGCCAGCGUGACUCUCUCCUUGGAGGCCAAGUUGCAGCUGCUGCACGCCUACAUGAACGUGACAUGGAUCGCUCUGCCCUGCGAGACGCAGGCACCUCUCGCCCAGCCGGAAUCUCCGACGGCCUCUGCUGGAGACGAGGCCCGCUCGGCGGCCGACUCGGGAGAUUCGGACAAGGAGUCGGUCUGCAGCAGCUCCGCCAGCAACAGCGGCAAGGAGAAGCCGAAGAAGGUGCGGGACCGAGACAAGGACAAGAGAAGAGCCGACUCGGUGGCCAACAAGCUGGGCAGCUUCGGCAAGACACUGGGCAGCAAGCUGAGAAGAACAUGGGGGGGUUUGAUGCACAGCGAGGUGCCCGUGGGGGGGGCCGCCGGCAGCGGGCAAGGGGCCGGAUCGGAGAAGAAGAAGCAGCAGGGCUCCCUCAAGGCCCGGAAAGGCAGCCAAGAGGACACGUCGCCGGGGGAUCCGGCCAGCCCAGCCGAGAAGCUCAGCGCACGGGGGAAAACCUCCCUGGAGAAGCAGCCGGACACCUCCAAGUAUGGCAGCGACGUGCGCGCCAGCUUGAGCAACCUGCGAGCGGCCAUGCAAGGGGAGCGCAAGUUCAUCUUUGCCGGGCAGCUGAAGACCAGCAACCGGCACCAGUACCAGGAGGAGAUGAUCCAGCGGUACCUCUCGGACGCGGAAGACCGCUUUGCCACGGAGCAGAAGCAGAAGGAGGCCGAGAAGAAGGCGCUGGGGAACGGCCUGGCGGCCAAGAAGCUGGACUCAGAGGGGAACCCCCUGAAAGGAGAGGAGGUUUUGCUGAACCCCACCUCUUCCCCGGUCCUCCCCUCCUACUGCAUCCAGCGGCCGGAUCUGGCAGCCGUGGGGGCCAAGAGCGGCUUCCCUUCCAGUUACUCAGGGGUCUUCACCAUUCCCCGCCCUUCCAUGGUGAGCCACGUGGAAAGUAGCCACCCGCCCAGCUACCACGACAGUCGGAGGCAGGUAGCCGGCGGCCCCUGCGCCCCUCUCCCCCCUUACGCCACCCUCCCCAGGCACUGCACGCAGGGGCGCUCCCACCCUUACCAAGGCAGCCCUCCCCACCUGGGGCGGUUUCUUCCCACGGAGAUGGACAAUCCGCCGAAUUUCAUGGUAUCGGACUGCGAAAGGUCGUCUGGGCUGGUUCCGCACGUCAAUGGCUACCGAGAAGACCCGGACCAGAACGGCAGUCCCCCGAAGGGCGCCAACGGGGACGGCAGCAAGACGCGGCUGCUCUGCGGUGUGCAGCAGACCAAGUGCAAGCAGCCGAACUGCAGUUUUUACGGACACCCAGAAACCGGGAACUUCUGCUCCUGCUGUUACAAAGAGGAACUGAGGCGCAAAGAACGGGAUCACGCCUUGAGUCACAGGUUUUAG